UCUUUUUUGUUGCAUGUUCUUCGGCGAUCGAUCGGUGCUACCUCCUCCUCCUCCAAAUCCGUCGAUGAAAUCACCGUUGCCGGAGUCCACCUGGGAACACGACUUGUUCUCCGAAAAGUCUCAACCUUUCCCUUCCCGAUCAACCCAUUCUUCUUCCGGAAUCGAAACAGGAACCAAGCUCUGCGUAUCCAAUCUGAUAAGUUUGGUGUCAUGAACGAUGACAUCAAGGUUUGGAAGACAAAGAUCAAAACUUUGUGAAGCUUUCUCUGUGUCUCCUCUCUCAGCUCAGGAGAGGAUUAUGCUCAAACAGUUAAAGUUCCGUUUGAAUGAAGCGACCCCUUACGUUUUCAUUUUGAGGUUCCUAAAAGCUGCUCAAUCAAACAAGAAGUUUUGUCAGCUUCAACAACUCUCCUUCUACCUAAUAGAGCUGCGCAUCAGCCAUCUAUGUAGCAUGCUGCACUUUACAUAUGACUCCAGUUUGGACCGCGCUCCUAAACAGCCAUACCCACUACAAUGUCUCCCAAAUGAACUCUUCGUCUCCUCUGUUGCGAUCUACGUGCUCCCUCUCUCUCUCCGAGCAAAGUCUGAAGCUUUUAGCGGGAAAAUGUCGGGAAAAGGAGCAAAGGGUUUGAUAAUGGGGAAACCCAGUGGUAACGAGAAGGACAAGGACAAGAAGAAACAACCCAUCACCCGUUCUGCUCGAGCUGGUCUUCAAUUCCCUGUAGGUAGGGUGCAUCGACUGUUGAAGACUAGGUCCACCGCUCACGGAAGAGUUGGAGCAACUGCAGCUGUUUACACGGCGGCGAUACUUGAGUAUCUGACUGCAGAAGUUCUGGAGUUGGCUGGUAACGCGAGCAAGGACCUGAAGGUGAAACGUAUCUCCCCCAGGCACUUGCAGCUCGCUAUUCGUGGAGAUGAAGAGCUGGAUACUCUCAUCAAAGGAACUAUAGCUGGCGGUGGUGUCAUCCCUCACAUCCACAAGUCUCUCAUCAACAAAUCCGCCAAGGAAUAGAUUUUAUUUACCACUUUGCAAGAGAGUCUUAUGUUUGGUUAAGAAGUCUCUAGAGAUGUUUGUUUAGGAUAUGUUUGUUAUUGUUUUACCAUCGGUGUUACUUGUCUAUCUAUGUGCGUAUGUAUUUGAUGAUUAUCUAAACCCUUUUCUGAAUACUACCUUUUGGUUUGUUCCUAUCAAUGUAACAUAUAAUCCCUUUGUAAA